AGAACUAUUUAAAAUCAAAAAGAUCGCAUAGAAUACAAAUUCAAUCAACAUGAGGUUUCCACAUAAUUGUUAUCAAACUAUUUUGGCCACAAUAGCAUUGCUGGUGACAAUCACAAUUGAUUACAGCAGUGCUUUGAGAGAUGUUCGAGUGCGAGUACCUCACGCUGUGCGCCGAGGCGAGAAGGCUAUACUCAAAUGCUUUUACGACAUCGAAGAUGACAGUUUAUACUCGGUAAAAUGGUAUAAGGGCAGAAGGGAAUUCUACAGAUAUACACCAAAAGAGACGCCACCAAUGAAAGUAUUUCACUUUCCAGGUGUUAAAGUACGGCGCAUGUCCUCGAACGAGAGCCAAGUGGUCCUCGAUGUGGUAACAAUGGCAACAUCCGGUAAAUACAGUUGCGAAGUAUCUGCGGAUGCGCCCUCAUUUCAUACAUUAAUAGCAGCAGCCGAAUUGGAAGUUAUUGAGACACCACAUAAUGCACCAUUCAUAACGGGUAUACGUCCCAGAUACCGGGUUGGCGACAUAUUGCGAGGUAAUUGCACAUCGCGACAUUCCCGGCCAGCGGCAAAUCUCACAUGGACGGUGAAUAAUGAAGAGGUCAAUCCAUCUCAUGUACGACAUCAUAAGAUAAUACGAGAUGUGCGCAAUGAUAUGGAAACCGCCAUUGUAGGUAUUCAUUUUGUGGUUACCGAUCAGCAUUUUGAUAAUGGCAAAUUAAAGCUUCGUUGCAGUGCCCAGUUGCAUGAUAUCUAUUGGAAGACCACAGAGAAGACCAUACUUGAGGCAGAUCCAUUCACUAAAUAUGGCAAUGGGGCUAAUGGUAAUCGUGUGAGUCCCGAUGAACUAUACGAUCAGUAUACACUGCACGAAGAUGAGCAAUUCCAGAGCAAAAAGAAUAGUUAUUUGACCCAAUUGCAGGACUUUCUCUUUCAUUUUGUACCCUCAGGCGAAGGAGAUGAUGAUGGCGGUAUGGAUGGUGUAGAGGAUGGCGGUGCCGCUUGGCGAGGUGUUAGCUCGUCCAGUGGUUGCCCUAGUCAAUCUUUGGCAGUCAGUGCAUCGCUGCUGGCACUACUCAGUUGGACACUGGGCAAGCAAUUAGUAGUGUCGGUAACAAAGGAAUUCGAGACGAGACGCGUGCGGCAUGGAAGGGGUAUGGAUGAGCUGAGCCAUGUCGACAGCCUCCGGAUGCAAGGCAUGCGGGUCAGGACAACAAAAAGACGACGACGACAAUGCCAACGGGUGUUGGCCCCGUGCAGCUGGAAAGGAUGCACAGGCAGCAGAUGCAUCAGGCAAUUAACAUGAUUCAAUUCGCAUGCAACUCUUGUGCCACACUUCAGGGAUGGAAAAGGAAGUGCUCAGCAGCAGCAGCAGAAGCCGCAGUGAGCAGGAGCGGGAGCAGGACAGAGAAGUACGAAAAGCAGAUGGUGAAUGUGAAAGUUCAGCCCUAGGCCCAGACCCAGCAGCUAAAAAGCAAAACUGCAAAAUGUAUCUAAAAUAUUUAUACAUACCUACACACACACAAAUACACAUAUAUACAGAAAUACACACAUUUAUACAGAGACACACUCGUUUCAAGCUAGCUCAAAGUAACUUCAAAUGCAUUUACAACAAAAUACAACAAAGAGAAACAAACAAAAAAGA